AUGUCCAAAACAAAAAGUUAUGAAAAUGGAAUUAAAUCAAUGAUAACACAAAUUAAGAACUAAAUUCAUCAAUUUUUAAGAUAAAAUAGACUAUAAAUUUUAAAAGUCAGAAAGUUUGAUUUUAGUCAAAUCUACUUUCUAUUAGAUCUAAUAAUCGAAAAAGUAAUGAAAACUAAUCAACAUCCAAGAGAGAAACAAACAAAAAGGAGAUUCACUCUUUAGCCCUUAAGAAAUAAUGCCUCAAAUAAAGAAUUGCCAAGAUAAGAUCAAAUAUAAAACAAAAAGAGAUUAUUUAAAAAGAAAAAAUUAGAAAUAAAAGCUUGGACCAUCUCAACUACAAACCCAACAGAUUAAUGA